AUGGAGACAUGGCUCAAAUCGAAGGCAGAUCAGUUGGCACAGGCGGCCCAAGAUCACGUGUCGGCUGUGCAGCAAUCUGCUUCAAAGCUGGCGGUUGCCUUUGAUCCAGUGGGAGCACCACCGGACGACGUGAAGGACGUGGAGUUUCGAGACGGACCGCUCGGCUUUACCUUGGAGGGCAGCCUCGUGGUUUCUGUUCAGCCGAGCUCGCAGGCUGAACGGCUCGGGGUGGAGAUUGGCGAUCGCCUAGUCAAAAUUGACGGCUACGAGGUCCCGAGAUACGAGACGGAUUUCGAAGAACAGCGCGCUCGGAAAGUCAUUUCAAAGUGGCUCAAGGAGAUGCCUCGACCAGCUAUCCUCACGUUCGAACUGCAGCAAGAUCUCGGAGAGGAAGUGGCCAAAGAGACGCCGCAGCCUCGCUCCGAAGAGGCGCCCAAAGCUGGCGCCGUGCAGGUUCUUCAGGCAGAGCUGCAGCGCACACAGGAGGAGCGGAAAAAGCUGGCAGCGGAGCUCAAGGACAGCCAGGAGGCCUGUGGCCAACUGUCAGCUCAAGUGGAGUCCCUCAAGAAAGAGUCUGUGCCGAAUCUUCGCCGACUGUCUGAGAUGGAGGAGCAACUGCAGACGCUCCGCACCCAGAACAAGGAGUUGGUCAGCGCUGUGAAUGCGACUUCGACAAGCCGAGCUGACGAGGAAUUGCUGAAGCUCCGCCAGGCACUGGCAGCCACUCAAGAAGCCAGCCAAGCUGCGGUACAGGCAGCACAAACCAAAACCGAGGCGGCAGAGGAUAAGUACUCGGAGCAACAGCAGGAGGUGCAAGCUCUGAUGCUGCAAGUUGCAGAUCUCACGGAGCAGGCGGAAAACCGCAGGCUGCAGAUUGAGCCCAUGGAGAAGGAGUCUGCGCCCUCUGUGCCAGAGCUCCAAGGCCAGGCUUGGAGCGGGCAGUCCGUCUUCUUUUGCUUUCAGGCUGCCCAUGAGGCCGAGCUGGAUCUCUUUCGUGAGGAGCAAGCCAUGCGGAAAGAGCAGCACCAACAAGAGCUUCAGGAGCUGCAGCGUCGUCUGGGAGAUCAGCAAAUCAAGGCUGAUCGAGAGCUUCAAGAUGUGCAACUACAGCUGCAGAAGUGUCCAAAGAGGCUCUGCAGGAAGCCCAAGCAGCGGGCUGAGGACUUCGCACUUUGUCGCUUGCAGCCCGGCCCACCGCAGGUGAAUGCCGAAGCCGCGGCUGUGGAAGCGACUGCUGCAAGGCCGGGGCCCCGCGUCGGGCGCAGGGCGCCGCAGUUGAUGGACGCCUCGCGCAAUGCAUUGCUCUUGGUCGCCCGUACCAUUGCGGCACUUCGCGAAGCCGCUGCAGACGCUACGUCGGAUGUACACUUGGACCUCGUCUCCAUGCUCGUGCCCUGGGCCAUCCUCGGCCCAGCUCAGAGGGAUGCACAAGUGCAAGAGCGCUGGAACAACGCAAGAGGCCUGGAUUUUGCGAAUGGGACAGCCAAGCAUGAAUACAUCUUGAUCGGGCUAGGGAGUGGCUCCACUUCACUGCGUGAGGCCUGGCAAAGAUCUCAGCUGGAUGCAGGCGUGAAGUUGAAGCCCUUCGCUCCCAGCCUCGAGCCAGCUCUGCUUGCCGAGCGCGAUGGCGAAGAAGAUGCAGAUCCUUCUCCCGUGGGCGAUAGCCUUCAGGUACUGGAGCUACGCAAGAGGAUCAAUCUCUUGGAGACCAGGCUCGUCGGAGUUGGCACGCGCGAACUGUGGGAGUUGGAGCAGUUUCUGCUGCGGCAGCACUCUCAGGACGUGGGCACCGGCAGUGUGAGACCGAGCUGGGAGCUGCGGCUGGCGGCUCUGGCAGGUCCCCACGUUGCCGCUGUCGCUGUGGCACUGCACCGCUGGUCUCUGAGCGGACUUCGUGGCUUCACGGAGCGUUUGCUCAAGAGCGAGGCCUGGCUCUGGGUCUUUUAUGCUCACCUGCUGGUUCUGUAUACCAUUUCAGCUUCGUGCUCUGUACAAACCACAGCAGAUGCUGGAAGAGGCGCUGUCGAGACCCUGAAUGCCCAGCUGGCUGCUAUGGCCGGAAGCAGCACUCCAGCCGCAACCCAUUUGCGGGGAAGCUGA